AUGAUAGCUUCCUACGACGUAGUCCUGAAGCUGAGGGAAUCCCCCAUCCUGUCCCUAGCGAUCGCCUCCCUGGCCUAUCUCCUCGCAUACGCCGCCAAAUCGUACGCCGGCUCCCCGCUCCGCCGGUAUCCCGGCCCGUGGCUAGCAAAGUUCACCAACCUGUGGCGGCUGUACCACGUGUCGCGCGGGAGUUUCCACCACGUCCUCGUGCGCGCGCACGAGAAAUACGGGCCCGUCGUGCGCAUCGGCCCCAAUGUGCUCGACAUUGACUACCCGGACCUCAACAAGACCGUGUUCAACACCAAGGGCGACUGGAAGAAGACCGAAUCGGUGCUCGCGAGCAGCGCCAUGGUCGACGGCCACGUCGUGCACAACCUGUUCAGCCAGACGGACGCGGCCAAGCACGCGCGCGAGAAGAAGCCCAUCGCCAAGUACUACUCGGCCAGCGGCGUGGCGGAGCUCGAGCCGCUCAUGGACAAGACCAUCGCGCAGCUGUGCGACGAGCUGGAGCGGCGGUUCGUCGACGCCCCUGGCGGCGCAGCCGGCAAGCCCUUUGACCUCGGCAGGUGGAUCCUGUACUACACGUGGGACGUGGUCGGCGCGGUGACGUUCAGCGAGCCGCUGGGGUACCUGUCGGCGGGGCGCGACUUUGACGGGAUGCUGGCGACAGCAGACAAGUCGCUCGACUACUUUGCGCUGUGCCUGUGCGUGCCGGCGCUGGACUGGUGGCUGGCCAAGAACCCCGUGGUGCGGCUGGGCCCGGCGGGGUUCGACCCCGCGGUGGGCAACGCCGUGAAGCACCUCGUGGCGCGGUACCAAGGGACCGACGGCGGCUUCCACUCGGCGGCACAGCCCGACUUCCUCGACCACUUCAUCGCGGCCAAGAGCGACGGCGCGGCCGACGACAACCAGAUCGUGUCGUGGCUCAUGAUCAACGUCCUCGCCGGCGCCGACACGACGGCUAUCUCGAUCCGCUCCGCGCUGUACUACUGUCUCAAGAAUCCACGGGUCUGGCAGCGGCUGCGCGCCGAGCUCGCGGCAGCCGGGCUGACCGCAGGUGGCGGCGGCGGCGUGGCGACGUACAGAGACGUGCGUUCGGUGGCAUACGUCGACGCCGUGGUGCGCGAGGCGGUGCGCAUGCUGCCGGGCGUGUCGUUGCCGAUAGAGCGGUACGUGCCGGCGGGGGGCGUGCGGCUGCGGGACGGCAGCUUCGUGCCCGAGGGCGCCAUCCUGGGCUUCAACCCGUACGUGCUGGGCCGCAAUCGUGAGGUGUGGGGUGUUGAUGCCGCCGAGUUCCGGCCCGAGCGGUGGCUGCGCGGCGACGGCGAGGCGGCCGACGCCUUCGCGGCCCGCCUGCAGGCCAUGAACAACGCCGACCUCAGCUUUGGUGGUGGGAGCCGGUCGUGCCUCGGUAAGCACAUGGGCCUGAUGCAGGUGUACAAGGUCGUCGCCACUCUCGCGCUGCGCUACGACAUUGCGCUGGCCUAUCCCGACCGUGAGUGGAAGGUCAUCAACAGCUGGUUCCCGAGGCAGGAGGGGCUGGAGGCCGUCAUCGCGAAGAGGGCGUGA